ACUGCAAAAAAUAGAAAUUGUUGUUGUAAAAGACAUCAAUUGAUGUGACUGUACCAGGUUCUGCGGUCCGGCGACAACAGUGACUGUGCCAUGUACAUAUCCUCCACGUGUGAGUGUCAAGACCCUGGGUCAGGCCGUGUGGUGGACAGGACAGUGCUAUACUGCUGUCAUCACACUCUUCCCGGAGCAAGUUCACCUGCUACACACGGCGCCUCCCACACUCUUUGUCACCGGACCGCCCGGUACAGGUAAAACUGUGGUGCUGCUGCUGAUGGGUAUAAAAUGGCUGCUAAGUGGACACCCUGUCUACGUUGUGAGUACCUGGCCGGGGAGUCGUGCAUCGUGCAUCAUGUUGUAUCACCUGUUGCUGCAGACAGUAAACACACAACAGUCAGCAGGUGUAUCACCCGGUCAGCCUCACCUCCUGCAGUAUGAUCUUGAUGACUAUCAGGAGGCGGAGAAGGCCGUCAACGACUUGUCACAGGCAACAAGAGGAGGGUCAUUGUACGUCAUCGCUGAUGAUGUGUACGGGUUAGACUACUUCGACACUGUGUGUGACAAGCUGCUGACACAAGUUCCUCAUCUCCAUCUUUGGGCGGCAAGUUGUUACCAUGGAGACGCACCCACCGGCUGGCAAGUGGAAUGUUUAACCAGACCCCUCCGCUCUCCACCGGCCGUCAUCAGGGAAGUCGAGCAGGACGUGGAUAUCACUGAAAGCGGUAAAGUCAAGCCGUACAGUGAGCGAGGUGUGCCCGACCACACAGACGGCCCGCCAGUCACACGACUGUAUCACCGAGGUCAAGGUCACUCAGCAGACAAUCCAGGUGACUGUGUGACGUGCGGUCGUGACGUGGCCAGCUUCCUACACAGUCUCCGUGUUGGUGUUACAGAGAAUGUCACGACAACAGCCACGACCGUCACCUCCACCUACGGCGCCACAACACCACCCUGCCUGCAGUGGAGAGACGUGCUGAUGUUGUACUGGCGUGACAUUAGUGAGCACUCGGAUAUGAUGCAGGGACUUAAAGAAGCGGGUAUCCCAGUGCGGAUGUUGAUGGAUGAUGACAUCGAGGACGUGGCCACGGCCCGCAGUGACGUGGUGUGGGUGUCGACUGGACAUCGUGUUUGUGGUCUGGAGAGGAAAGUCGUGGUCUCUCUGGAGGAUUAUGAUAUAGACAGGUUCUACUCCAUGUCCCGGUGUACGUCACAACUUGUGAUUGUCUACGGUCAAACCAGACAAAUGACAUCUGACGUCAUCACCUCGUGACGUCAUACACAUGUUGUGUAUGACACAUUUAUACACGUUUACUCACAACACGAGGUGCAAUCGGUGUCUCUCCUUACACAACAACUAGUAUAAACCUCAAUAUCAUACUCAGGCACACUGGGUCUUGUUUGCUUGACCUUAAGGUCAGGGUUAAAGGGUGAAGUUGAUGACCUCCUGUUAUCACAAGACUGACCAGUAAACAGUUACAUCUAAAAUUCGAUUUUUAAAUAUGGAAUGAAGAUUGUUUAGCAACAAAAAAAUAAUCAACAUCCUUAAAAUGAGUGUUAGAAAUAAAAUGUCAACACUAAAACGUUUGAGUGUUGACGUGCUGCUC